AUGGGUAACAGACAAGGCCCAGACACAGAGCUGCUCAGCAUUGAAAUGCGAGUUAAAGGGCAGUUCCAGCAAGCUUGUAACGCCGGAGAUUCAUGUGGAGUUCCAGGUGAGUGUGAACUGUGGUGUCUGAGGUUGGCCCUGCGGAAAGUGCGGGCAGCACCUGAGGGCCGUGUCCUUUGUAAGAUCCAGAUGAGGGGCGCAUCCUUUGUUGGUCUGAUGUGUUUGAUGAGCCCAUGUGCCUGGCUUAUAAUUUAUUACACCAAGAAAGCACCUCAGGUGUCAAAUCCAACUCUAGUGGAGGCUGCAAGAAACAUAGAAAGUACGGGCACCAGGUGUCAUAGCUUCCUGAAACAGAGAGAAUGCCUUGUGGUGAAGACUCUCCUUUGGCACAAUGAAGUGGUGACUUUUAUUUCCUUUCUCCUUCUCUUCAGCUCUGCCUUCAGGGGAGUGUAUCGUCGAGAUACACUUGCCUUUUCUCGUAAUCUCCAGAAGUGCCCAUUUGAAGAACAUGUAAAAUUAGUGAAUGGAAGUAAACGAGGUGACAAAAAACAUGUGUUGCUGAUGAGUUCAGCUGAAACUGUGACAAAGAACCUGCAUACUCUUUUUGGAGAUAAGUUAUGUGCCAUUCCAAAUCUUCGUGAACACUAUGGUGAACUGGCUGGCUGCUGUGACAAACAAGAACCUGACAGAAAUGAAUGCUUCUUGCAACACAAAGAUGACAACCCUGACUUGCCUCGUUUGGUGAAACCAGAGACUGACGCACUCUGUGCCUCCUUUCAAGAAAACGAAAACAAGCUUAUGGGAAAGUAUUUAUAUGAAGUUGGCAGAAGACAUCCUUACUUUUAUGCUCCAGAACUCCUCUACUAUGCUGAAAAAUAUAAAGACAUUUUGACAGAAUGCUGCCAGGCUGCUGAUAAAGAUGCCUGCCUGAGUCCAAAGUAUGGUGCUUUGAAGGAGAAAGCACUGACUUCAGCUGCCCAGCAGAGACUCAAGUGUACCAGUAUCCAGAAAUUCGGAGAAAGAGCUUUUAAAGCAUGGUCAUUAGCUCGUCUGAGCCAGAAAUUUCCCAAAGCUGACUUUGCAGAAAUUUCCAAGAUAGUAAUGGAUCUUACCAAAAUCCACAAAGAAUGCUGCCAUGGUGACCUGCUCGAAUGUGCAGAUGACAGGGCGGACCUUGCCAAGUAUAUAUGUGAAAACAAAGAUACAAUCUCCAGUAAACUGAAGGAGUGCUGUGAUAAGCCCGUGUUGCAAAAAUCCCACUGCAUUGCUCAAAUAGAAAAUGAUGACUUGCCUGGUGACUUAAGUCCAUUAGCUGCUGAUUAUGUUGAGGAUAAGGAAGUUUGCAAAAACUACGCUGAGGCAAAAGAUGUCUUCCUGGGCACGUUUUUGUAUGACUAUGCAAGAAGGCACCCUGAUUACUCUGUCAGUUUGCUGCUGAGACUUGCCAAGGCAUAUGAAGCCACACUGGAGAGGUGCUGUGCUGAAGCUGAUCCACCUGCGUGCUACAGCAAAGUGUUUGAUGAACUUAAACCUCUUGUGGAUGAACCUCAAAACUUAGUCAAAGAAAAGUGUGCACAGUUUGAGCAGAUUGGAGAAUAUAAAUUCCAAAAUGAGCUUAUAAUUCGUUACACCAAGAAAGCACCUCAAGUGUCAACUCCAACUCUUGUGGAGGUUGCAAGAAACCUAGGAAGUGUGGGCGGCAAGUGUUGUAAGCUUUCUGAAGCAGAGAGACUUCCUUGUGUUGAAGACUCUCUGUCCGUGGUCCUGAACCGGUUGUGUGUGUUGCAUGAGCAAACCCCAGUGAGCGAGAGAGUCACCAAAUGCUGCACAGAGUCCUUGGUGGACAGGCGACCAUGCUUUUCUGCCCUGCAACCUGAUGAAUCAUAUGUUCCCAAAGAGUUUAACGCUGAGUCAUUCACCUUCCAUGCUGAUAUAUGCACACUUCCAGACAAGGAGAAACAAUUCAAGAAACAAUUGGCAAUUGCUGAGCUGGUGAAACACAAGCCUAAGGCAACAGAGGAGCAAGUGCAUGCUGUUUUGUCAGAUUUCGCAGCAUUUCUGGAAAAGUGCUGUAAGGCUGAUGACAAGGAGGCCUGCUUCUCCGAAGAUGGUCCAAAGCUUGUUGAUGCAAGUCGAGCUGCCUUGGCCUAA